AUGCGAUCUAAUAUUCAAGGCUGGUUAUCUACUUGCAAGGAAUGUCAGUUGGCUUCUAGUUCUGGUAAAAAUAAGCAUCAUGCUCCAAUGGUUUCUCUGGAUAUUCCUCCUGCUUUUGGUCGUUGGCACUUGGAUUUUGUUAGUGAGUUACCUCUGACACCUCAAGGUAACAGAUGGCUUCUUACUGCGGUUGAUUACACUACGAAUUGGCCUAUUGCUGGUGCAGUACCGGAAGCCACAGCAGAAGCCGUUGCUGAUUUCAUCUAUGAGGAAAUCGUGAUGCGUUUUGGAUGCCCCCAGGAAAUCUUGACAGAUCGUGGUGCUAAUUUUAUGUCAAACGUGGUGAAACUCUACAUGCAUAGAGUCAAGGUUAAUCACAAGUUUACUUCUGCUUUCCACCCUAGAACUAAUGGUAAAUGCGAACGUCUCAAUGGUAUUCUCAAGGCUAUGUUGAGAAAAUACGUUAACGGUGCUAUUUUUAUGUGGGAUAAAUUUGUUGACACGGCUCUCUUUGCUGCUCGGGUUCGUCAUCAUUGCUCUACUGGUUAUUCUCCUUUUUAUUUGGUAUAUGAUGGUCGUGAACCACCGCUUCCUGGGGAUUAUACUCGUCCUUAUUUCGAUAAGUUGACCGCAAAUGAUCCUAGAACUGUGGCUGAACAUACUGCUCGUAAAUUGGAAAGUCUUGGUCAAGUCCGUGCUGCUUCUGCUCAUCGUAUGAAAAUGGUCUCUGAAUCCGACAAAGAACGUAGGGAUGCGGCUAUUGAGAAGCUGGAAUUUGAAGUUGGUGAUCAUGUCCUGCUUAGAAACGAACAGAAAUACGGUCUUGAAUACAAUUGA